CAGCUAGCGACGGCAGUAUUCAGGGGAAAGGUCGCAGCUGUGUCCGGUUCUUAUGUUCACCUCGCAUUGAUUCAGAGUGCCAAAACAAAGAUAUCAGUGGGAAGGUUUCAUCCGACAGCGGUGGGUCGUUGAAUAAGCAUCAUGGCACUCCUCAGAGGUGUAUUUAUUGUAGCUGCCAAGCGCACUCCAUUCGGUACAUAUGGUGGCGUGUUGAAGGACCACAGUGCAACAGACUUGGCUGAGCAUGCAGCCAAAGCUGCCCUCGCUGCAGGGGGCGUGGCACCAGAGCUCGUAAACAGUGUCAUCAUGGGAAAUGUCAUGCAGAGCUCAGCCGACGCCCCCUACAUUGCUCGUCAUGUGGGUCUGAGGUGUGGUGUUCCUAUCCCAGUGCCUGCUCUCACUGUGAACAGACUGUGUGGAUCUGGUUUCCAGGCCGUCAUCAGUGGUGCUCAUGAGAUUUGCCUGAAGGAGUCAGAGGUGGUCCUGUGUGGAGGCUCAGAGAGUAUGAGCCAGGCCCCGUACGCUGUUCGCAACAUCCGAUUUGGUACAAAGUUUGGAGUCGAUCUCAAGCUAGAGGACACUUUGUGGGCGGGUCUGACUGACCUGCACAUCAAAAUCCCGAUGGGCAUCACGGCAGAAAACCUGGCAGAGAAAUACCAGAUCACACGAGAAGACUGUGACAACUAUGCAUUCCAGACGCAGCAAAGGUGGAAGGCUGCUCAUGAGGGUGGUCACUACACAGCAGAAAUUGCUCCCAUUGAUGUGAAAGCAAGGAAAGGCAAGGUGUCCAUGGCUCAGGAUGAACACCCUCGGCCGCAGACCACACUAGAACAGAUGGCCAAACUGCCUCCUGUCUUCAAGAAGGGAGGGACUGUUACUGCUGCCAAUGCUUCGGGUGUAUCUGACGGUGCUGCUGCAUUGGUGAUUGCAAGUGAAGAUGCGCUGAAAGAGCACAAGCUCACUCCUUUGGCCAGAAUUGUAGCCUAUCAUGUGUCAGGCUGUGACCCGAGCAUUAUGGGAAUUGGUCCCGUUCCAGCUAUCACAGAAGCUCUUAAAAAAGCCGGCCUGACUCUCAACGACAUGGAUGUAGUGGAGGUGAAUGAGGCUUUUGCCUCUCAGUACCUGGCUGUCGCUAAGGCCCUCGGACUGGACCCAGAGAAAAGCAACGUUAAUGGUGGCGCUAUUGCCAUAGGACAUCCUCUCGGUGCUUCUGGAGCACGCAUCACUGCUCACCUGGUUCAUGAGCUCAGGCGACGAGGAGGCAAGUACGCUGUUGGCUCUGCCUGCAUCGGUGGUGGUCAGGGUAUCGCCAUUGUUCUCGAGAAUUACUGACUGAAGAAACUGCCAGUAUCGGAUCAAUUCCUGUCGAAGAAUGUCCCACACUCACAUGAAAUAGAAUUAAGUUGACACGUGUUAAAAAGAGAUUUUUUUCUGCUUACUCUUGUUGCUUAUUUCAGCCUAUUUAUACAAAAAUACACACUAAAUGUUUCAGUCAAGGUUUGCCUUGGGAGCCCUGUUAAGAUAAAGAGCUAACUCAUGUUUCUGAUCUUUGUCCCAGAGUACAGCAAGAGUCUGUUUCUGUGUGUGCCUGAAAUACAGUGGUAGCUCCUUGGUCACAUUAACCCAUGUAGCAAAUUAUUAACUCAUAAAGUACAGUUUUUUGUUGGGUUAUAGUGAGGUUUACAGGAACUCUGAAAUAUGAUGUUUGCCUUAAAAUGCUCUCUAUCACGCCUUUAUCAGGGAUUAGUACUGUGAUGGCUCCCGCAAAAGACUGAUUUUGUAUUUCUAUGUCAGAGAAUCUCAAUAAAUUGCAUUUUGAAAAAAGAAGAGAA